AUGGCUAUAAAUAAUGGCGAAACUAAUGCAGGCGAUGCGCCAUUUGCUAAAUCUGAUCCACCAACGUCUCACUCAUCAAAUAAGCGACAACCGACGUCAGAUGCACUACAAGAACACAUUCGCGUUGUAUCAGGAUGUGCAGCCAAUAUCUUGUCUUCAAUUGGUAUUAUAUUCCUUAACAAAUAUAUCUUCUCCCAUUGCCAGAUCAAAACGGUGACGUUAACAGCNUCUAUAAAAACGAUCAUCCUUCAUUUCAGUCUCUUUUCGUAUACAUCCUGA